CAAGAGGCCCAACCCAAUCCUGCAAAGACAAAAAAAAAGGAUAAGAAGGUAGAAAGUUCAAAUACAUCGACUAUUAGGAGGAGCCCUAGGUUUAAGAAGACAGAAACUGAACAAAGGGAGGAGAGUCCACCUAGGAAAGCCUCAGCUAAUGCUAAAGUGUUGAGGUUUGAUGAAGAAAAGGAUGAUGGAUGUGAAGGAUCUGGUUAUUCAAGUUCAGAUUUGAGUGAUGAGGGACAAGAUUGGGAACCUGGUGAAGAAGAAUUUGAUGAAGGGGAUGAGGAAUGGUAUAUUGAAGGGUCAAAGGAGAUCUUGGCCAAAGUGAACAAGAGCCUUAGGAAAGGUUUGGAGAGUGCAGUAGAUGACAGGGUUGGCAAAGAUAAGAGAGUAGAGUUGAGAAAUGAUUUGGAUGUUGGAAAACCGAAGGUGAAUCCAGAAAGUGAUGCUGAUUCAGAUGAUUCAAGGAGUUUGUGUGGAUCUGAUGAGGAACAGGACUAUGCUCCUUGGUUUAAUGCUGAUGUGGACUUUGACAACCCAAUCAAGUUGAAGUUAAAUCAGAAAUUCAGUAAUGCUUCAGUCUUGAGGAGGGCCUUAAGACUUCAUGCCAUUCAAAAUAGGUAUGAGUUCUACUACUUGCAUAAUGACAGUAAAAGGAUUACAGUUCAGUGUAGAUAUAGAUGUGGCUGUGAGUUCAAUAGCUACACUUGUAGAAUGCCUGCUUGUACAUGUGUGGGGGGGGGUAAAGUGUCAGUUCAAGGUGUUUGCAUCAAAACUUGUUAAGCAGCAAACUUGGCAAAUCAAAACCUUGAAUUUAGACCAUUCCUGCUUCAGAGUAAAGAAGAACAAGAUGCUUACUGCUGAAUACAUAGCAGAGAGGUAUUUAGAAGAGUUUAGGAGUAACCCUGGUUGGAGAAUUAAGGAGAUUAGGGCUAGGAUUUUGAAUGAUUUAGGAGUUGAUGUGAGUUACUAUAAGGCAUGGCUAGCUAGGUGUAGGGCAAAACUACUGAUAUUUGGUUCAGCUAGGGAGCAGUAUGCUAGGGUGUGGGAUUAUGGGAAAGCUGUGAUGAAGUACAACCCUGGUUCAGGGUGCAAUGUUGUUGUUGAUGGUAUUGACAGGCCAGAGCCACCAUUGUUCAUGAGGAUGUUCAUCUGUUUAAGGCCAUUGAGAGAUGGAUUUGCAAAGGGUUGUAGGCCUUUAAUAGGGUUGGAUGGUUGUCACCUCAAGGGUGCCUUUCCUGGGCAAAUUCUGGUGGCAGUUGCUAAGGAUGGGAAUAACAACUUGUUUCCUCUAGCUUGGGCCACAGUGGAGAUUGAAAACCAGGAAACUUGGGGUUGGUUCUUGGAAUCCCUUAUGUCAAUGUUCACACAUGAUCAAGGAGCUGGGCUGACCAUCAUGUCUGACAGGCAAAAGGGUUUGAUUAAAGCAAUGGCUGAUGUUAUUCCCAAAGCUGAGCAAAGGUUUUGUGUGAGGCAUAUUUGGGCUAACUUCAAGCUCAACUUCACUGGAUCAACCUUUAAGGAGCUGUUUUGGAGAGCAGCUAGGGCCACCACCAUUUUUGAGCAUGAAAUUGCCAUGGAGUCUAUCAAAUUCCUCGAUGAAGAGGCAUAUGAGUAUUUAAUCAACAUUCCUCCCCACCAUUGGUCUAGACAUGCAUUCACACCAAACUGCAAGUCCAACAUGUUGUUGAACAACAUGUGUGAGACUUUCAAUGCAGUCAUUAGGCCUGCCAGAGAUAAACCUAUCCUCACCCAAAUGGAAUGGAUGAGGAGGUAUAUUAUGAACAGGAAUAAUGAAAAGUGGGAGGAUUCAAAAACAAUUACACACAACUUAGUGCCAUAUGUGAGGCAUGUUCUGGGGAGGAUAGACUUUGUGGCUAGGUCCUGUGUGGUGCAGCCAUCCAGAGGGAAUACAUUUGAGGUGCAGCUGAAGGAUGACCAGGUGUUGGUUGAUUUGGACAAGGAGACCUGCACAUGUUACCAUUGGGAACUCACUGGCAUUCCAUGUGUUCAUGCUUAUGCCUGCAUAUUGGAUAUGAGGGGUGACAUAGAGGCUGUUGUUGACCCAUACUAUACCAUGGACACAUACAGGUCUGCUUAUGAACCAGCUGUCCAACCAAUGCCUGGCCCAAAGCACUGGGAGACAGUCAGAAUGAGGGAACCACUACCCCCUUCUGUUAAGGUGCAACCUGGGAGACCAAAGAGCAAAAAAAGGAAGCUUGAGCCAGGAGAAUGUUCUUCUUCAGGUGGUCAGGCAAGUACCAAGAGGAAGAAGCAAUGCAGCAACUGUGGGGGAUAUAGGCAUUAUGCCAAGACUUGCAAAGUACCUGCUGCACCAGCUACAGAGCUGAUAAAGUCAGCAGGCAGACCCCCACUGAACACUCCUUGGAUGGUGGAGGAGAGGAAGAAGAAAGAGAUUAGGGCUGCUAAAAAGAGUGCAAUUGGGGCUGGACCAAACAGCAUAGGAAACAAAAAGUUUCCUCAAGAGCAAGAAGGUUGUCUGCCAUUCAGCAAGCGCCCACAGCCACAGUCUUCCUCAGCUAAGCAUUCCUCAGCUCAGCCAUCCUCUAGUCAGCCAUCCUCAGCUCAGCCUUCCUCAAGUCAGCCUGCCUCAAGCCAACCAAAAAGAAAGACAAGGUCUUCCUCAAGUCAGCCUACAACAGCCACAGGUGUUGUAACAAGGGCCAGGCUGCAAUCCCUCAACAACCUUACUCAGUGAUGUACUCAUGCUGGAUAUCAAACAUUAUGUCUGUUGAACAAUUUCAAACUUUUAUUAUGUACUCAUGACUGGUUAUGUAACUUGCUAGUUUUUUAGUGGCUUCCCUUAACAAAUUUGAACAAUUAGAUAUUGAAUUGUAAUGGUUGCAUGGCUUUGAUUGCCAUUGAAACAUGUUGAAGUAA